AUGAGGAGCCUUUGUUUCCACGCGUCCGAUCUCCAAGGCCGGCAUGACGUUGAGGUCCUGUGUGACGAAUGUACGACAGCUCUGCGCAGCGCCGCCGACUGCUUGACCCGGCAGUUCGACCCGGCCGACUCCUUUGGUCGCAACCUCGCCAACGGCCAACUGUUGGCCUUGCUUCUGCUCGACUGGGACACGCUGCCACAAGAGGGUCAUGAUAAUGAUGAUGAUGAUGAUGCAGCCAACGCUCCCUCGUCCUACGCUGUCUACACAAGGCUGGGCACUUUCUUUGAGGCGUGGACUACAUACAGUACUGUCGGCACAGCCGAAGUGCGCCGCCUUGAGCGACACCUCUGCGAGCUUGUUGCGAAACAGGACCGGAUUCUGGAUGCUUUCGUCAGAUUCAGCACGAAGCCUGCACAAGGACACUUAAGGUUCCCUACCCUCCCUCCCUGUCUGGCCCUUUGCAACAAGAAGAAGAAGAAGAGCUCCCCUUCCUUCCACCCCAGCGUAUAG